CUUUUUUUAGGACCUGGUGGCUUUUCGGAAUAUAUUCUAUUCAGAAAAUCGUGGGAAGCAAAAGGCUUUGGAUUUACUUUACGCGGCCAAAACGAUUUUAAACUAGAAAAAUUUACUGCAGGUUUCCCAGAAUCUUUUGAUCCUUACUAUGGCGUGAAGGAUAAUGGGGAUAUUUAUGAUAAGGAAAAUCAAGACUCGUUUGCAGACUAUAUUUUUAAGCAUUCUGAAAAUGGUGUCCAUUUUGUUAUGGCGGAUGGUGGUUUUUCAGUUGAAGGUCAAGAAAAUAUUCAGGAAAUUCUUUCAAAACAACUUUAUCUCUGUCAGUGUUUAACAGCGUUGAAAAUUCUUUGCGAAAAUGGAAGUUUUGUGUGCAAAUUUUUCGAUUUAUUCACACCAUUCAGUGUUGGGCUAAUAUAUUUAAUGUAUAAGUGUUUUGAUGUUAUAUCAAUUAUAAAACCAAAUAGUAGCAGACCAGCUAAUUCCGAACGUUAUUUAGUAUGUAAAUGGAAAAAAGCAAAUACAAGUGUUAUUUGUUCGUAUUUAGAUUAUGUGAAUAGUUUUAUUAAUGAAAGUCGCGGAGAUGACGUAAUUGAAAUUGUAAAUUUGGAUCUUAUAACAAAUGAUUGUGAAUUUUUUAAUUACAUCACAGCAUCUAAUAACAACAUUGGUAGAAAUCAAAUAAUUGGUUUAAAAAAAAUUUUAGCUUACUAUCAGAAUCCACAACUUCGAGAAAGCAGGCAAUCAGAGAUUAGAAAACAAUGCUUAGGAUUAUGGAAACUUCCCGACAAAUUACGACAGGCUCCUGAAGUGAAGUCACCUGAAAAAAUAUUUGAAGAACUUUUAGGUAACUGGUAUGAAGACAAAGUGUUACUUUCAUCUAUUCCUGUAGAUCUUUAUUCCAUCGAAACUUUGCACAAAAAUAUUGACAGUAUCUACGAUUGGUACUUUGUGCCAAUAGGGAGAGGUGAAACUAAUCUUAAUAGUUGUAGCAUUUUUCUUAGUAAGUCUCGCGGAAAUUUGCUUCGAUAUACUGAUAAUAAAAAAUGGGAACCUAUUGAAUAUAUUUUUGAAAUAUCUCCUAAGUCACUUUUCUAUGGUGAAAUUGUAUUUGAAUAUAAUGGAGAAGGUAGAACGCAGACACGUGCUUGUGGGUUACAUAUUAUUGACGCUAUAAUACUAGGAGGAAAGGAUAUACGUAGGUUGAAAUUAAGUGAUCGAAUUAAAAUGUGUCAAAAAUUUAGUUUAAGCUUAAAUAAACCAUAUAAGGACGGAAAUAUUGGUUUUAUUCGAAGCAAACCUUUGUAUAAACUAGAAAAAAUAAAUCAAUUUUUUGAUGAAAUGCUACAUUAUACACUGAAAGACAAUUCUCAACGACUCGGUUAUGCAUUAAAUGAUAAAAAGUUUUUUGUUCCUGGUGGAAUUUUGUUCUUUAGUGAAGUUUGUCAUCUAUUUUUUUCAAAGAUGUCAAGUUCAAGAAACAUGUUGUACUACUUUAAUAAAACCGACAAUAAAUCUUAUUAUAUGGAUUCUAUGCCAUCCGCAUUGAAAAAUACAUUAUAUGCAUCUUUUAGAAAUAGUUUUAUUAGACGUAUGUUAUGGAAAUGGACAAACAUCACACAAGUCGAAAAACAUGGCAUACAAACAGAUUCGAAUUUACUUUAUCGCAGAGAUAUAUAUAACUUUGUAUACAACAAACAAGAUUCUGUAAUAAUAAACUAAAAACAAAAUUCGUAUAAACAUAAUAUAAACAAUUGUAUUAUAUGUGUAUAUAAAGUAUGCAGUGAAAAACGUAUAAACCAUUUAUUAUCCCUUUACAAAUAAACGAAGAAAAAAUAACGUAUUGUAAUUAGGAUUGCAUCAGUCGUACUAUUUGGCACCAAUCCAAACUAAACCAUUACUAAAGUGUUUUGGCUCUACAAAGCUACAAUUUGUAAGAAGAAAAAUGUGCAGUUUUCGAGAUAUUAGCGGUUUAGGCAACAUGACGGUUUUGGGGUGAUAAAUAUAUUUUUUCACAAAAAGAAAUUAACUAAAAAUAUUUCUAUUGGUAUUCUUAAAGUGCAGAGUUUAGGCAGUAUAUUUUAAGAUGUACUUAGGGCAUAUUCGAUUUUGAAUUUUGACUAAAUUUUAAAAAAUCUUGUACUACUUUUAUAAUGUACAUAAAUAAAAAAUUUCUUGAAAACAUAUCUAUACUUAUG